CCUUGAGGCCGCUGAGGUCGUUGGUGUCUGUUGAACGGCUCGUGGAAGUCGUGCUGCCUUGGGUAGGGCGUUAAGGUCGUUCUUGAGCGGAACGUCUCUGUCCGAAGAGAAAAUGAGUUUAGCUCUGAGAAAUGAGCUUGUGGUAGACAAAACAAAGAGGAAAAAAAGAAGAGAACUCUCUGAAGAACAGAAACAAGAAAUUAAAGAUGCUUUUGAACUAUUUGACACAGACAAGGAUGAAGCAAUAGAUUAUCAUGAAUUAAAGGUGGCAAUGAGAGCCUUGGGGUUUGAUGUAAAAAAAGCUGAUGUACUGAAGAUUCUUAAAGAUUAUGACAGAGAAGCCACAGGGAAAAUCACCUUUGAAGAUUUUAAUGAAGUUGUGACAGACUGGAUAUUGGAAAGAGAUCCACAUGAAGAAAUAUUAAAGGCAUUUAAACUAUUUGAUGAUGAUGAUUCAGGUAAAAUAAGCUUGAGAAAUUUGCGACGUGUUGCCAGAGAACUGGGUGAAAACAUGAGUGAUGAAGAACUUCGGGCUAUGAUAGAAGAAUUUGAUAAAGAUGGUGAUGGAGAAAUAAAUCAAGAGGAGUUCAUUGCUAUUAUGACGGGUGACAUUUAAAGAAUUACAAGGAUAAACACUAAGAAUGUUGCAGUUACAUCUCAUAUUCUAUUUUUGUGCUGGAGCCAUGUUAAAAAGAAACCCAACUUAGUUCUCUUUUUCCAAAAGGACCAAAAAUAAGUGUCUUAUGUAUUCAUAUUUUACUACUGUUAAUUUUCUUUGUAUGAGCAGUAUUGUUAGCACUCUAAUAGUUUAGCUUUGUAUUUAUAAUAUAGCUUUUAUAUAUAUAUAUAUAAAAAAUUUAAAAAAUUGAAUCACGUGGUACACAUUCUCUGAAAGUUUUUUAUUCGGCAUCAGUAGUCACUUUUGUUUUGAUGUACACAUUAUGCAGACUUUCAUUAAUAAAGUCUUUAUUUUAGUAGUACUUUAAA